CCAUUUUGUUAAUUUUGAAGAAACAGUUAGCUGAGAAAGAGUUAACUCCCAUGUUAACUCUCAUACCUACUUCUUCCAACCAAACUCACUCAUCAGUCAUCACUCCUCCAAUGGACGAACAUAAGGCACAAUACUCUCUGUCUUUCUCUCUCUCCCAAACCAUUUCCUGAGUUUUUUCCUCAGCUACUUCAACAACUAAUCCCUCUUUUUAAACUUCGUUAAACCCCCUAAAAUGGGACCAUUUGUUAGUUUUGAAUCAAUAAUGUAUAGAUCUCAAGUUAGUAUCAUCCCUUCACUUACUACACUAAUCAGUCGCUUUAGAUAGUGAUUGCUUCUUUCUUCCAUUUUGUAUUAAUACUCUCAUAUUCGUCCAAUUCAAAUUUCACUCUCCAAUGCUGUCUAAUGCUCUCAUGCUGCCUCGACGAAACGAGGAAGGGAAAUCAUUGCCAAAAAUAACCCAAUAAUAGUCAAAACUUUCUAGCUUAUAUAAGUCAUACAACCCAUUCUUCAAUUCCAUUUCAAAGAAAUAAAAAUGGCAUUGAUUUUUGUGAUCUUGUCAAUGAUUUUGAGUUCCUCAAUGGCGCAAAAUAAUGAUGCUAAAGCAUUGUUAGAUUUGAAAGCUGAAAUUGAUCCAUUAGAUAACCUUCAAUGGAAGCAGGGUUCCGACCCCUGCACAUGGGAAGGAGUCAGGGAAUGCAAGAGAGGUCGAGUUUCGAAGCUCGUAGUGGAAAACACCGCCCUCAGCGGCACCAUUGGCGGCGCUACACUCUCUCUCCUCACUGAACUCCGUGUCCUCAGUCUAAAAUCAAACAACUUAACCGGCAGAAUCCCCGAUUUGUCAGAACUUGUAAAUCUCAAAGUGAUCUACCUCAAUCUCAACCAAUUCACGGGACCAUUCCCGGAGUCUCUUACCUCGCUCCACCGCCUCAAGAUCAUUGUAUUGUCAGAUAAUAAACUCUCCGGUGCGAUCCCCGCCUCAAUAACACAGUUACCGAGGUUGUAUAUGAUGUAUUUGGAAAACAACAUGUUCAGCGGUGAAGUUCCAUCACUGAACCAAACAACACUCAGAUUCUUCAAUGUAUCGAAUAAUCAUCUUGUGGGGUUAAUCCCCAAUACGACAGCGUUGUCACAGUUCAACAAAUCAUCUUUUCUGAACAACCUAAACCUCUGUGGCGCACAGAUUGAUAAUACAGAGUGUAACCCUCUUUCGCCGGCAUUAAGCCCGGCAAUGUCGAUUCUCCCACCGAAGCGGCGACACCGUCACGGUCUAUCUACCCAGGCUAAGAUCAUCAUCGGAGCAAUCUGCGGCGGAAUAGCCAUCUUACUCCUCUCCCUCGGACUAAUCAUCUUCUUGCGCACAAGGCGGCGGCGGAGGGGAGUUCAAACAGAUAAGAAAGAACCGCCGACUGAAGAACGAGGGGUAUCGGCAGCGAUGGCGACAACAGAGAGGGAAAAAGGGGAACCAUCUGGUGGUGGUGGUGGUGGUGGUGGUGGUGGUGGAGAGAGAAAAGGAGGGUUUUCAUGGGAGGGGGAUAAGUUAGGGAAGCUAGUGUUUUUAGGUGAAGUGAUGAAUUACAAUUUGGAAGAUUUGUUGAAAGCGUCGGCAGAGACGUUAGGGAGGGGUACAAUUGGAAGUACAUAUAAAGCAGUGAUGGAAUCAGGUUACAUUGUGACGGUAAAAAGAUUGAAAGAUUCAAGGUACCCUAAAUUGGAGGAAUUUAGGACACAAUUAGAGGUUUUGGGGAAAUUAAAUCAUCCAAAUAUUGUGCCAUUAAGAGCUUAUUUUCAGGCUAAGGAAGAACGUUUGUUGGUUUUUGAUUAUUUUCCCAACGGCAGUCUCUUCUCCCUUGUCCACGGCAAUAGACCUUCAGGAGGUGGAAAACCACUACAUUGGACAUCUUGUCUUAAAAUAGCAGAAGACUUGGCAACUGGGCUUGUUUACAUUCAUGAAAACUGUGAACUAAUCCACGGGAACUUGAAAUCAUCAAAUGUCCUUCUUGGAUCAGAUUUUGAGUCUUGUCUGACGGAUUAUGGACUUCAAACAUUCAGAAAUCCAGAAUCCAAUGAAGAACCUAGUGCCGCAUCCCUUUUCUAUAGAGCACCUGAAUGCAGAGACAAUAGAAGAUUACCAACAAAAGAAGCUGAUGUUUACAGUUUUGGGGUCCUAUUACUAGAACUAAUGACGGGUAAAACACCAUUUCAAGACCUUGUUCAACAACAUGGGGCUGACAUUCCAAAAUGGGUAAGGUCUGUGAGAGAAGAGGAGACUGAAUCUGGUGAAGGAAGUUCUGGAAAUGAGACCUCUGAAGAGAAACUUAGUGCUCUUUUGAAUAUUGCAAUGACUUGUGUUGCUAUUACUCCAGACAAUCGGCCUGAUAUGAAACAGGUAUUGAAGAUGAUAAGAGAAACUAGGGUAGAAGCACAUGUAUCAUCCAAUAAUAGCAGUGAUCAUUCACCUGGAAGAUGGUCUGAUACUGUUCAGAGCUUGCCGAGGGAAGAGAAUCUAAGCAUUUGAGGAUAUCUCAUCUCAUCUCAUCUCAUCUCAUCUCAUCUAAUCUCAUCAGUUUUGUUUCUUCUUUUAUGAUUUCAUUACUUUUUCAACUCAUACUAAGAUUUCUAUUCUUCAAUUAGCUAGGUAUGCUAGAGUUUUCUAUGUAAAGCUUCCUUUUGGGUUUUUUCUAGGUAAAUUAUCUUUGUUUAUCCCCUUUUUACCGUUGCUACCCAAGUGGUGAUGCUGAUUAAUUGAUGCUAUAUUUGGUUUACCCCCAUUUCCAAAUGAAGCAUUACAUUUUUCUGAGA